AUGGGCUGCCAGCUUCAGAGCAGCCGCCAUCCCUUUGAUCUUCCUAAGUGGCCCCGACCCAAGAACCGAGGAAGCCAAAGAGCUGGGGCUCUGGUUCAUGGGCAUAAAGGGGUCCAGUUCCAAAACUGGGCGAAGACCUAUGGCUGCUGUCCAGAGAUGUACUACCAGCCCACAUCGGUGGAGGAGGUCAGAGAGGUGCUGACCCUGGCUCGGCAGCAGAACAAGAGAGUGAAGGUGGUGGGUGGUGGCCAUUCACCUUCAGACAUCGCCUGCACUGAUGGCUUCAUGAUCCACAUGGGCAAGAUGAACCGGGUUCUCCAGGUGGACAAGGAGAAGAAGCAGGUAACAGUGGAAGCUGGAAUCCUCCUGACCGACCUCCACCCACAGCUGGACAAGUAUGGCCUGGCCAUGUCCAAUCUAGGAGCAGUGUCUGAUGUGACAAUUGCUGGUGUCAUUGGAUCUGGAACACAUAACACAGGGGUCAAGCAUGGCAUUCUGGCCACCCAGGUGGUGGCCCUGACCCUGAUGACGGCUGAUGGGGCAGUUCUGGAGUGCUCUGAGUCAAGCAAUGCAGAUGUGUUCCAGGCUGCACGGGUGCACCUGGGCUGUCUGGGCGUCAUCCUCACUGUGACCCUGCAGUGCGUGCCACAGUUCCACCUCCAGGAGACAUCUUUUCCUUCGACCCUCAAGGAGGUCCUGGACAACCUGGACAGCCACCUGAAGAAGUCAGAGUACUUCCGCUUCCACUGGUUUCCUCACAGUGAGAAUGUCAACAUCAUCUACCAAGACCACACCAACAAGGCCCCCUCCUCUGCAUCUAACUGGUUUUGGGACUAUGCCAUCGGGUUCUACCUAUUGGAGUUCUUGCUCUGGAUCAGCACCUACCUGCCUUGCCUCGUGGGCUGGAUCAACCGCUUCUUCUUCUGGCUGCUGUUCAACCACAAGAAGGAGAGCAGCAACCUCAGCCACAAGAUCUUCACCUACGAAUGUCGUUUCAAGCAGCACGUCCAAGACUGGGCCAUCCCCAGGGAGAAGACCAAGGAAGCUCUGCUGGAGCUGAAGGCCAUGCUGGAGGCCCACCCCAACGUGGUAGCCCACUUUCCUGUGGAGGUGCGCUUUACCCGAAGUGACGAAAUCCUGCUGAGCCCCUGCUUCCAAAGGGACAGCUGCUACAUGAACAUCAUCAUGUACAGGCCCUAUGGCAAGGAUGUGCCUCGGCUGGACUACUGGCUGGCUUAUGAGACCAUCAUGAAGAAGUUUGGAGGCAGACCCCACUGGGCAAAGGCCCACAGUUGCACCAGGAAGGACUUUGAGAAGAUGUACCCUGCCUUUCAAAAGUUCUGUGAAAUCCGUGAGAAGCUGGACCCCACUGGGAUGUUCUUGAAUUCAUAUCUGGAGAAGGUCUUCUACUAAAGCAGGGCUGGCAGCAGCCACCCCCACCCUUCAUGUCCUGAAGCCUUUGAGGGAUGGAACAGUUUCCCACCAGCACAAUGGGGGCUGACCUCCACUCCUGGCUACACAGAAGGGCUUGGCUCUGGGAGGGGCCUCUCUGCUCCCUUCUCUGCCAUCUUCAAAGCAUCCCAGGCAAGAGGUGGCCUCUCACUCAGAUUCCUGUUUGCAUUCACAUGAGUCCCACACACAUUACAAUCGUCCAGACUGGGGAUUUGGUUCAUUCCUAGACUCUGCUUGUCAGCCAGGUACAGUGAGGCUCCCAAGGCCUGCUGUUCUCCAGAUCUCUUCAGAAGGGAUCCCUUGGCAAGAGUUUUAGCACAAAGGUGGCAUGUCUGUUGGUCCUGGGCAAGCCAUCUUCCAGAUGGGUCCCUCUGGCCUGACCAGCAUGGCCUGGCCCUCACAGUGUCUCUUUCAGGAGGUGUUCAGAGUGGAACUCACCUUGUCUGUGUGUCUCUCCCAUCACCUUUGAGACAGGUCUUAGGAGCAGGGUCUCACCAUGUCCCUGGCUUUCCCCGGGUAUUGUUCUCACCUUCCUCUUCACAAAUGUGAUUUCAGUUUGCUCUGGAGUGUUACUUGGAGAACCAAGAUGCUCCAUCCAGCUACUUUGAAAAUAU